UUCUGCCCCUCCCCCUUCUGGCUGCCGCACUGGCUGCUGCGUCUAGUCAAUAUCUUAUCUUCGGAGCAGGAGGUAGGAGCCAUUCCCAGCCGGAGCAGACCCCAAGCUAGAGUGAGAAGCAUUGCUCAGUUCACUGUGCUCCUGCCUGCCUUUCUGCUAAGCAAUAGGGUCUAUUUUGGCCCAGCUUCUGAAGAGGUUGUGUGUGCCAUUGGAGGAACUGUACUGAGUGCCUUUGCACAGUGACAGCAUGGAGUCCCUCUUUCCUGCCCCAUUCUGGGAGGUCUUGUAUGGCAGCCACUUUCAAGGGAACCUGUCCCUCCUAAAUGAGACCGUACCCCAUCACCUGCUCCUCAAUGCUAGCCACAGUGCCUUCCUGCCCCUUGGACUCAAGGUCACCAUCGUGGGGCUCUACUUGGCUGUGUGUAUCGGGGGGCUCCUGGGGAACUGCCUCGUCAUGUAUGUCAUCCUCAGGCACACCAAGAUGAAGACUGCUACCAACAUUUACAUAUUUAAUCUGGCACUGGCUGAUACCCUGGUCUUGCUGACACUGCCCUUCCAGGGCACAGACAUCCUUCUGGGCUUCUGGCCGUUUGGGAAUGCACUGUGCAAGACUGUCAUUGCUAUCGACUACUACAACAUGUUUACCAGCACUUUCACUUUGACUGCCAUGAGUGUAGACCGAUAUGUAGCUAUCUGCCACCCUAUCCGUGCCCUUGAUGUUCGGACAUCCAGCAAAGCCCAGGCUGUUAAUGUGGCCAUAUGGGCCCUGGCUUCAGUGGUUGGUGUUCCUGUUGCCAUCAUGGGCUCAGCACAAGUGGAGGAUGAAGAGAUCGAAUGCCUGGUGGAGAUCCCUGCCCCUCAGGACUAUUGGGGCCCUGUAUUUGCUAUCUGCAUCUUCCUUUUUUCCUUCAUCAUCCCUGUGCUGAUCAUCUCUGUCUGCUACAGUCUCAUGAUUCGACGACUUCGUGGUGUCCGUCUGCUUUCAGGCUCCCGAGAGAAGGACCGGAACCUGCGGCGUAUCACACGACUGGUACUGGUAGUUGUGGCUGUGUUUGUGGGCUGCUGGACACCGGUGCAGGUCUUUGUCCUUGUUCAAGGACUGGGUGUUCAGCCAGGUAGUGAGACUGCAGUAGCCAUUCUACGCUUCUGCACAGCCCUGGGCUAUGUCAACAGUUGUCUCAAUCCCAUUCUCUAUGCUUUCCUGGAUGAGAACUUCAAGGCCUGCUUUAGAAAGUUCUGCUGUGCUUCUGCCCUGCACCGGGAGAUGCAGGUUUCUGAUCGUGUGCGCAGCAUUGCCAAGGAUGUAGGCCUUGGUUGCAAGACUUCUGAGACAGUACCACGGCCGGCAUGACUAGGCGUGGACCUGCCCAUGGUGCCUGUCAGCCCACAGAGCCCAUCUACACCCAACACGGAGCUCACACAGGUCACUGCUCUCUAGGUUGACCCUGAACCUUGAGCAUCUGGGGCCUUGAAUGGCUUUUCUCUUGGUUCGGGAUGCUCAGUCCUAGAGGAAGACCUUUUAGCACCAUGGGACAGGUCAAAGCAUCAAGGUGGCCUCCAUGGCCUCUGUCAGAUUAAGUUUCUUCCCUGGUAUAGGACCAGAGAGAACCAAAGGAACUGCAUGGAAACAUCCACAACACAGUGGACAUGCCUGGUGAACCCAUGUAGGUAUUCAUGGUUCACUUGACUCUUCUCUGGCUUCUCCCUGCUGCCCUGGCUCUAGGAGGGCUUAGCCUGAGGUAUUGUAGUGAUCAUGUAGUCACUAUUGUGACUACCUGUUGUGUGCUAUUGCCCUCAGCCUUUCAGUGUUUUCACAGAACUGCUGAUCAUACCCAGUGUUGCCUGGUUCUUAAGCUUGGAGUUGCCUUGGAGCAUCUUCUAGUUCUGACUCUACUGAUGCAUUCAGAUUACCUGAGGUGGGUGAGCAUCAGUGGGUUCUUGGAUGACUGUUUCCUGAAGAUUCUUUUCAUGCUGUACUAUGGAGUAUAUGAAGGGGACUUCACACUUCAUCUGGUACUGCCAUUGCCUGCUCUAUCAACCUGGACCAUCUUCUCAGCAAGAGGCUAGCAGGGAGAUAAGACACAGAGCUUCCCUAAGGCUCUUUCCCUCCAAAACCACUGUGAACUCUUAUUCUACAGACUGCUUGGCAAGCCCUGCUUCUAGCUGUGUGGGAGGUAAUCAGGAGAAAGUUUUGUGGCCUCUGUAGGCUGCUCACAGCAUGAAGGCACCACAUGCUGGUCUUGGCUGCUUAGUAUGGGCAGGGCAUGAGAAUAUGCUCUCUCCUUAUUCUCCACAGCCUCCCUCAGCUCUCCAGCAGUCUCUCUUUUACACAAUAUUAGAGGUCAGCAGUUGUACUGCUAGAAGCAUACUUGUAACCUGAAAAGAGUGGAGUCAGGAUGUGUUCUAUUCUAUACCCACAGUGGGCACCUGCUUCAUGUAUAGGGCUAGGACAUAUCUGAGCAAGGCCUGGACUUGGCAUCAAAUGAAGAGCUGGUAUGAGAGCUGAAACCUAAAAUGUCUCAUUGGAGCCAAUCUGCAAGGACUAUUAUGGUUUGGGGGACAUUGGAAGAAGAGUCGAUAUCUUGGAGAUAUAUUUGAUGGUUCACGGAAGAAGAGGCUUUGUAAAUGCCCUUUCUGUGGGUCAGGUAUCAAAAUACCAGCGAUCUUGGAUAGAAUCUGAUCUUAUGCAGGGACCUUGAUUAGGUGGUUUCAUGCCACGCAGAACCUAGGCUGGUUCCUGUCUCAGAGAGACCUGGCCUUAACAAUCUUUCUGGGGAGACCAGGGUUCUUUCUAUGACACUUGUGCAGGAGCCAUUAGCUCUAGUGUUUUCUUGCUAAUGCUAGAAACUUUGUGAAUUUGUAUAUCUUUAUGUAUUUAAGCAUGCAAAAAAAAUGUCAUUUUCAUGCAUGUAGCUAGCCCUGAACCUGCCUCUGGGGUAAUGAAGGAGUGCUCAUAAUAAACACUUACCCAGUGACUAGUA